AUGCGAGAAUUUGAGUCGAAUAGGAAUGGUCGCGAAGAUGCCAAUUUACAUAAGUGUAUCGUUUAUGCGCAGGAUGCUCCCGAUAAAUAUACCGAUGGUGUAGCUUCUCUAAGUAAAAAGUUGAGCGGUGUCAAUGAUAAAUUACAAGCUGCGAAUCCAGCUUUUGAAACAUUGCUAACCGAAUUAACAGAAUUAAGACAAAAUAGUCAAAACAAGUCAGAUCCAUAUCACGCAGAACGAAAAGAAUUUCUAAAAGAUAUAAAAAAAGCGAAGAAGGACUAUGAUAAAGAAAUGGAAAUGAGGGAACAAGAGCUCGUAACAGAAUAUAGAUUAAAAUUAGAAGAAACUUUAAGAGGUGUUGCCACUCCACAUUAA